GCCGUUUCCAGAGUACGUCGCCUGUACCGUCGAGUCUCCCGUUGUCUGCCCAUGUUGUCCGCCGGGUGGAGUUUGGCUACAGACAAAAGACUGCUGAUUGACCAGUGGAGCCCUCUUACUGUACCGGGCGGACCGGGACCAUAACGCCACUGAAGGACACACUGAAGCUGCAGAGCCACCACCCUCUCUCCCUUUGGAUUUCCCCCCCCCCCUUAGACAAGGGAACCACCUGCUGUGCCCACUUGUUUCAUUGUUUACAUCUCUUUCACCAGCGGGGAGGCUUUUGCUCAAAUAACAAAGGACAUCUGCAAGCAAGGACCUGUCAUCAUUUCAACGCAGCUGUACCUUCCUUUUUUUUCCUGGAAUUGAAUUCAACGAAGUUUCUGAACCCCCAGAUUGAAGAAAUAAUGAAAUUCACCGAUAUUGCCCAAGGGGGCAACGUCAAGAUGGUCACUUGUACUUGUAUUUAUUCUCUGUUCAGUGCAAGGAGAAGCGCCGUCCCAUAAGUCACCUUGAUGACGGCCUUUUUCUGACAAAAGAUAAGGGCCACUUUGGGCCAGGAGGUGGAGAGCCGUACCUCCUUUUCCAUCCGCUCUUGCCCGCUGAGUUCAACUAUUUAACACAGUUCUCCAACCCUCCGGACUUUCAAGAUGGAGCUAUUCUUCAACCCUUUUGACAACUUGGUGUGUAUCCUGCUGGGCAUCUCCUUCACCGUGUGGUUCACCCUGCUGCUGGUCUUCAUUAUCGUGCCUGCCAUCUUUGGAGUGUCCUUUGGCAUCCGGCGUCUUUACAUGAAAACCUUGUUAAAGAUCUUUGAGUGGGCCACACUUAGGAUAGAGAGAGGAGCAAAAGAAAAGAAUCACCCCUUGUACAAACCCUACUCAAAUGCUAUCAUUGCCAAGGAGCCCACCUCUUUGGAGGAGGAGAUCAAGGAGAUCCGGCGGAGCGGCAGCAACAGAGACCUGGACUCAGCCCCUGAGUUCGAGAUGUCUGACAUCUUCUAUUUUGCUCGGCGAGGAGUGGAGAGCAUCAUGGAUGAUGAGGUGACCAAGCGGUUCUCUGCUGAGGAGUUGGAGUCCUGGAACCUGCUGACCCGCAGCAACAACAACUUCCACUACAUCAGCCUGAGGCUGACCGUCCUAUGGGGGCUGGGCCUGCUGAUCCGCUACGGCUUCCUGCUGCCUCUCAGGGUAACCCUUGCCUUCACUGGUGUAGGCCUCCUUGUGGUCCUCACGUCUGUUGUCGGGCUGCUGCCGAAUGGAAGGAUAAAAAACUUUCUGAGUGAGAAAGUCCAUUUGAUGUGCUACAGAAUAUGUGUCAGAGCGCUGACUGCCAUUAUAACCUACCAUGACAGUGAGAAUAAACCCAAGAAUGGGGGGAUCUGUGUCGCCAACCACACCUCGCCCAUUGAUGUCAUCAUCUUGGCUAGUGAUGGCUGCUAUGCUAUGGUUGGUCAAAUUCAUGGUGGCCUGAUCGGGGUCAUUCAGAGAUCCAUGGUCAAGGCCUGUCCACAUGUCUGGUUUGAACGCUCAGAAGUGAAAGACAGACAUCUAGUGGCCAAAAGAUUGAGUGACCACAUAGAAGAUAAAACUAAACUACCCAUCCUCAUUUUCCCAGAAGGUACCUGCAUCAACAACACAUCAGUUAUGAUGUUUAAGAAGGGAAGUUUUGAGAUUGGUGCCACAGUCUACCCUGUGGCCAUUAAGUAUGAUCCCCGAUUUGGGGACGCCUUCUGGAAUAGCAGCAAGUUUGGAAUGGUCAACUACCUGUUACGUAUGAUGAGCAGCUGGGCCAUCGUUUGCAGUGUGUGGUACCUUCCUCCCAUGUCUAGAGAGGAGGGUGAGGAUGCUGUACAGUUUGCCAACCGUGUAAAGGCAGCCAUAGCCAGGCAAGGUGGACUAGUGGACCUCCUGUGGGACGGAGGGCUGAAACGAGGAAAGGUAAAAGAUACCUUUAAAGAAGAGCAGCAGAAACUGUACAGUAAAAUGCUGGUGGGCACCCAAGAGGACCGGAGUCGCUCCUGAAGGACCUGUGUAGACGUGGACUGGCUCAGAGACCCACUAGGGCGCCUCUGACUAAAUAAGCAGUCAGCAGGGCUCUCUUCCUCCCUACUGGAGCUCCUGGACUGGAAAAUUCCCUCUCUGAUGUCAACAGUACUCCAUUUGGCUUCCUUGGUCACUGCCUCAGCUUGGCAUGUUCAGUUUGCAUCGCUGUAACGGGUCAUUCUGAGUCUGCUGCCCUUUUGUUGGAAAAGCUCGACUGAAGCCUUGCUUGCAUUAUAAUGAAAGUAAGGUGCACACAGUACAGGAGCAUUGUCUUCCUUGGUGGCAGUCUUUUGAGGGAAAACUUGUAUUAUUAUCUAUCAUUGAGUUCCUGUCUUUGUUGGAUAGUUUUAACUUUUUAAUUUUCAUUUAACUGUCAUGUUUGUAUCACGCUGUGGGAAAGUUACAAACCUGGGAUGUAGAGUUACUGUAGAUUUAAAAAAAAAAGAAAACUAGUUUGUUUUAAAGCUGAAACCUGAGUUUGGGUUUUGCAUGACUGGCUCUUGUGCCCGUGAUUUAUGGCACAGUGCCAGAUUUUGUUACAUUUCAGAUAUUUUUAUGGGCUUUUUCCAAGAGAAAAAAAUUCUUGUAUUUUAAGCUUUGUGUUUUACAUUAAGACUUGUAUCAACACAUGUGGUCACUAUAGGAAUUACAUUGCAGAUGAGCUCUCGUUAUGUUGUCCGUUUCUGUGUUUUUCCACGGAAUGUGUAAAUCCUCACAUUAUGAAGUGGAAAUUGUGCACCCAGUUAGUCUGAUGGAGGUUUAUGGAUUGAGGCAUAUACUAAUGUUCCAGCUAAUAAUGCAGCAUAACUGGAGUAAAAGGGUUUUAUAGUCCAUUCAUUAAGAAUUUAUUUGGGAUGCUUUUAGCAUUAAGGCCCUAUGGCACAGGUAGUGAUGUAAGAUAACGACCAUCACAACUGGUCACCUGACUAAAACAUAGUUAUAAUGACAAUUAGCUGAUACAUGUUCAUACUAAUACACCUCCUAACAGGCAUCAUGUUUUCAUUGCCUUCCUCCUUGAGCGGUGACCAUCUUGCCUAAUUUAUUUUAAGUAAACUCUCAAAUUUAUUGUCUUUAUCCCCCCCCCCCACUUCAUCAACGAACUUUCUCCUACUUGGCAGCCUCUUCAGGGAGGUUUAAAGGAGAGACAGAGUGCAGCUGUAGUUUGGACUCUCCGUUAGGCUGGAGUUGAGGAACAUGGUGUGCAGCUUUCAGGGGGUUUCUCCCUGAGGCUCUCAUCCAUCUAAUUUGCUGUUAUCAGGGAUAGUCGUUUAGACUGUCAAAUCUGUUCAUCAAAAUAAAUGUUCAAGAAUGUGACUA